GUAAAGGUUAUGCCGGGGGAGGGGGGAUUAGGAGUUGGGACCCCCUGCUCCUGGUGAGUGACUAACUGGCUAAUUUCCUUCAGAAAGUGGAGAUAGGGGUGGGGACCUUGAUGCGGAAGCUUUGGGAAGGGCUUGGAAGCCUAGCUGCCCCCCUUUUUGCGUGCACCUGAGGCACCUGAGGGGAGUUCACGGGGCAUGAAUCGCUAGACUUUGCGGGUGCUGGAGAAGGUCGAACCGGGGCUGAGUGUAGUAGGGACGAAAUUAGUGGAAACAGUCUGGGAUAGGGUCCGAGAGAGGACCGCGGGCCCUCCGGGCAUGCUGAUCACGCUGUGUUACCUGUACCUGUGGGCGCGCUGGGGGGCGCGGCCCACGCGCAUUAUCCGCAGUACGGUGCGCAGGCUGCAUCGCACCCGCUGCUCCUUCACCUUCUGCAGCAGCGGCGGGGUCAGCAAGCAGCCCGGGGCCUUAGGGAUCACCGAGGACCGUAUCUGCUUAAGAAUGGGAAACCGAGUCUUCUUCACUGACGAGUCCCAGUCUAUUGAUGACUUAAAUAAGUGGGCACUACUUCUUGUUUCUCCUUUUAUUUAUCCUGGGAAUAUUCUUGAAGCAGAACACAUAGCAUUUGUGAUAGAAAGCAUUUUGCUACGAAGUCAGAAUUUACCAGCAUCAUUUUUCCCUUCAGAAACGAUUGUAAAGUGGUCAGACUGUUGUUUGCCAUUAGCCUGCAGACCUGGUGAGCCUUAUAAGCUAUUUGCUGAAGCAAGUAUAGAUAAUUUCAGCAAAUUGGGCAUUGCAUUCAUGGAAAACAGACUCCAAAUGGAUAAUGGAAUGGUACCACAAAAGAUUGUCUCUGUACAUCUUCAGGACUCAGUGCUAAAAGAACUACAGCAAUUGACAGUAUCCAAGAUCACAGAAGUGGAGGAAUUUAAAAUCAAACCAGAAAUGAUAGAGCCUUUAAUAGACAGGGAUGACCAAAAGGUUCAAAAUGAGGAGUAUAAUCAGAAGAAAGGCAGUGCUCGUCAGGAAGAACCCACCAAUGCAUCAGAAAAAGGAGCUGAAUUUGAUGAAUACCAUCACUUACAUCUUUCAAGCUGCCAUGAAUGUUUGGAACUAGAAAGCAGCACUAUUGAAUCUGUCAGAUUUGCAUCUGCAGAAGAUAUUCCAGAUCUUCCUUAUGAUUUCAGCAGCAGCCAAGAAGGCAGUGUUGACACCACUUGCCAAACUGGACAAAGGAAAAGAGUCAAUAUUCCUGGGAAGCCACCGAAUAUUUUACUCUUUGUGGGCUCUGACUCUCAGAAAAUACAUCAAAGAUUCCAGCAGCUCCAUUCCAUUCUGAUGGAUUGUGUUGACACUGAUUGUUAUAUAAUCUACCACCUGAAGGAGAAGAAUGUGCUCAGUGAUCCAUGGGUGCAUAACUGUUUAUUGUUGAUCAUUGCCACAGAAGAGCCUAUUUCUGAAGCAGUUUACCAAAAGUUCAUGGCAUACCUGUCCCAAGGUGGGAAGAUUUUGGGGCUAUCUUCCUCCUUUACAUUUGGUGGGCUACAGCUGAAAAGCAAAGAUGAACUGAAGAAGAGCAUUCAGACAUUGGUUUUUUCCAAGGCUGAUGACAAUGAAAUGAAACUGAAUGUAGUGACGAGUGGGAUCCUAUUUGAAGAAGGCACUGGAGAGCUGCCUAUCCAUCCUGGAAAGCUCAAGGGUUACUUAGAAAACUUGGAUAGAGACAGGAUGAUUGUUCAUCUGCCUUUUGGAACUAAUGGAGGAGAAGCAAUUCUUUGUCAGGUGCACUUGGAAAUGUCUCCCAGCACUUUAAUAGAAAUUCAAGAUGCCUUUAAUUUAUUGAAAUCAAGCAAUUUCAUGAGAUUUGAAGUCCUUAAAGAGAUCCUGACGGUCCUUGGCUUAAAUUGUGAAUUAAAGAAAAUUCCUCCCCUAACUCCUCUUUAUUUGCUCACAGCUGAUGAGGAAGUCCGAAUUUCUUUUAUGCAGUGGCUCACAAGAAAUGUGGGACCUGAAGGAGUAAUGAAAUUCAGGAAGCUGACCCUUAAAUUUGUUUCAUCCUAUAAACCAGAUUUGGAAGUAACCCCAUCUCAUAUGCCAGUUAUCACUGCUACAGAGGAUUUUGCCCCAGAACAUUUUAACCUGGAGAUCUAUCAAAAAAAUUUGCAUACAAAGCAACUAGGAAAAAUAAUUCUAUUUGCUGAAGUGACUUCAUCCACAAUGAAUCUUCUGGAUGGGUUGAUGUUUGAGGUGCCAUCAGACCUCGGUUUAGUAGCAAUUGCAGCCCAGCAAACACAAGGAAAAGGUCGUGAUGGGAAUGUCUGGCUUAGUCCUAUGGGAUGUUCUCUUUCUACCUUACACCUCCAAAUCCCCUUAUAUUCUCAUCUGGGUCAGAGAAUUCCAUUUGUUCAACACUUGAUGUCUUUGGCAGUGGUGGAGGCAGUUCGAUCAAUUCCUGAGUAUGAGGAUAUCAAUUUAAGAGUAAAGUGGCCCAAUGAUAUCUACUACAGUGAUCAAAUGAAGCUUGGAGGAGUUUUGGUCAAUUCAACACUUAUGGGAACAACUUUUCAUAUUCUUAUUGGCUGUGGAGUUAAUGUGAAUAACAGUAACCCUACUAUUUGCAUCAAUGAUCUAAUCAUAGAAUAUAAUAAGAAAUACAAUAAAAACCUUGGUCUAUUACGUGUGGAUUAUCUUGUUGCAAGAACAAUAACUGUACUGGAGAGCCUAAUAAAUGCAUUUCAGGACAAAGGACCUAAUGCAAUUCUUCCUCUAUAUUACAAAUACUGGAUACACAGCGGUCAGCAAGUCCAUCUGGGAAACGAUGAGGGCCCAUUGGUGUGGAUUGUUGGAAUUGAUGAUUCUGGCUUCCUUCAAGUUCAUCAAGAAGGAGGGGAUGUUAUGACUGUGCAUCCAGACGGCAACUCUUUUGACAUGCUGAAAAACCUCAUCAUCCCUAAGAAUUAAUAGCCAACAAAAUAGUUGCCUGUUAAUGUUGGACAUUCAACUGUCAUGAGCAAGAUAACAGAGUGUGCUCCCAUUUAACUAAGAUUAAUUUAAAGCAAAAGUGCAUAGCCACCUGCACAUACAUUCCUGUUUUAUUUCUUAGGUCUUUCCUAAGUCCAUUAAUCAGAACAUUUUGUUUGGGAUUGUGGGUGCUUGAGGUUUUUUCCUUAAUGACUUUUCUCAUGCCUUUUUGUUUACUAUUUAUUUCUCUCUCUUUUUAAGAAGAGUCACCACCUUUCCCUUCUUAGAUUUAACUUUGUUUAUACAUGUAGCUCUUUUAUGGUAAUAGUAUAGGGAAAUUUAGAUGUUUUCACAAUAGUCAAGCCCUCAUUAUUGCUCUCUUUAAAAGGAAAAAAAAACAAUAGUCCUUGAGUCAUUGCUCAGUUAUGUGGGAUGAUAAUAUCCUUUCUACUCAACCAGGGAGAUAUUUUGCAAAACAAAACAAACAAACAAACAAAACAACAACAACAACAACAACAACAACAAAAAACACUUUGUUUUUAUUUCUUUAUUAAAAGAAAAAAAAUAAUUUUCUUUAUUAAAAGAAAAAUAAUUUUUCAGAGAUGGUGCUUAUUUAUUUGUCAUUUGUUAUACUUAAGUGGCUAAAGAAAUUUAAUAUAUAUGAGUAGAGAUCAAAGGUAUAGUGGAAAAUCACUAAUUUAUAGUAAAUGUGUUUGGAGAGUAGAAAUGCAUAUUUCAUAAAUUGAAAUUUACUACAAAUUCAAAAGUUGAGGAAAUUUUUAAGCUCAAACUCUUUAAAGAAUGAAAUUUAGUAUAUUUGGUGUUGUGUAAUCUGACAUGCUUACAUGUCUAACCCCUUGGUGUUUACCAAGAGGAUAGAUUAUCUGAAGAUGCCAUAUUUGCAUCUGCAGAGUAUGUCUCAACUACAGAGUAUUUUAAGCUAUUAAAGUUAAAAUUGCCUGAGAUUUUUGGGAUAUAAUAUUGUACUUUAAGUGAAGAUUGGGACCUUCUAAGACAGUUCUAGCUUUGAAAUGUGGAAAAUUCAAUGGAACAGAAUUAUAAAAAGAUAACAGCCUCUAAUUCGAGACUGAAUGAAUUAAUUCAGCAUUUGGUUUAUAAAUUGUAAGCUUUCUUUCUCCCUCAUUUCAUAUUUUCAAGAAAUAAAACUUUUAAGCUAAUUUAGACUCGGUUAUUGCUUACUUAUUUUAAGGCUUUAAAAGAUGUUAAAAAUCUGACAGAACAAAAGAAAGGAAGCAUUUUUUGUUUUCUAUUCCUUAGUAAGGACUUUUUUUUGAUACUGUUUUCUUGAAAACAGAUGUUUAUUGAAGGUCAUAACCUCUCUUUGAGAAGACGGGUUUGUUAGGUAAGGGAGCAGGUAAUGCUCUUCAGAAAUUGCCCGUUAUCUUCUUUUAACUUUUAACACAUGCUACUUGCCAAUCGUAAGUUUUUGUCUAACCUUUCCCAACCAGUCUUAGGGAAAUAAUUGGAAGGAAAGUGGAUUAGAACAAAACCUCUUCAUUAUAAAAUAAUAGUGAAAAGUUGAUGCAAAAAGUGAGUUUUAUCAUAUACUAGUGAGGCACAGUUAUUUGCUCAACAAGGAAAUAUUUAGUUAAGCAGUCUCUGGAAAUCUAACAAAGAAAAAUCGCCAUUUUCAUAAACAAGAUUUCAGUUGGAAUUACUUGUGGAGCGGGGUGGGGAAGAGAGACAACAACAACCAAAAAAAAAGCCAUCAAAAACUAUCUGCCCAACGUGCCUUUAUUUGGGUUUAGUCACAAAUUUUGGUUUUUUUCUUAAUCUUUCUCUAAAAUUAUAAAAAUGGGCUUACCUUUGAGAAGUAGUUUGUGAAAUAUCACUAAAUUAAGAGUGAAAUGACUCCUUUCUACAUAGUGAAUUUUUUUUCUUGAAUCUUAUGACCAAAUAAAUGUAAGUUUUCCCUUAGCAUUGUCAUCAUUAAUUUUUGAAUCUCUUUGAAAAAGAAGUUUCAUUUUAUUUUGUUUAAACUGUGAUACUAUUUUGGAAAAGUAUUAUUGAAAUUACUUUUGAAAACUAAGUAUGGAAGGAUCACAGUCCAUAGACAUAUUUUGAUAUUUUCAACUUUGUUUUUAAAUAGACUGUUCAGAAUUAUCUGAACAGAGACUUUAAUUGAAUGAUGCAUUUUUUAUGAAACUGAUUUUGCUUCUGAUACACCAAAGAAAUUGUAUUGUUUUAAUCCUGUUCUAUAGAAUGGCUAAAUUAAGGUCACUUCAAUGUUUAGCAGUUACUAUCAAGAAAAUCAGAAUAAUUUCUAAACUCUCAUCUAAAUCUGGACUUUAAAAAUGGGAUGGUUAAUAGGAAAUUUUAUAUCAUUUGAAUGCUAUAAUAGCAGGGGGAAAAAAGAAAUCUUAGAAUUAUUUCUAAUUCUUAGUACUAAUUUCUACUAAGAAGUAACAUAGCCAUUAAGCAGCUCCCUGAUCCUUAAAAAUAAAUAAAAUUAUUAAAACUUCCAUAUUACUGAAAUCAUCUCUUCCACUAUGAUGUGGUUGGUGGUAGUAGUAGUGCUAAUACUGAUGAUGAAGAGCACAAGGAUUACAAGAGCAGCAAGGUGAUUCAGGGAAUAUGGACAGGAAGAAUUCAAAUCGGGUCUCAGACACUUAUUUGCUGUAUUACUCUGGGCAAGUUAUUCAGCUGUCUUUGCCUCAGUUUCCUCAUCUGUAAAAUGGGGAUAAUAAUAUGACCUACCUCCUAGGGUUGUUGAGUGAAAAUAAUUAUAAAGUGCUUAGUACACUAUCUGGCACAUAUGCCUUGGAGAAAAAGUGCCUCUAUUAUACAUAGCAGAAAUAUCAGUACUUUCUUUGGAAUAUAGACUACCCAGGGAAAUAGUAUAUCUGAACUAUUAAUUUACAAAGGGUGUUUAUAUUUGUGGAUAUGUCUUAUGUUGUAUUUAAAGUUUCCAUCUCUCUCUUAGUUUUUAGAACAUUCAGAAAAGUGGGUAUCUUAUACCUCAGGAACUAAUCCUUAGGACUUAAUUAGAAAGAGUUGCAGGUAAAAGAAAUUCAAGGCCGUGUAUUGAAUGGCAACAUUUUUAGUCUUUAGGGAACAUUUAUUUGAAAGAUCUUGGCAUGUAGGACUGGGAUGAAAUGGAUAUUUAUGAAAUAAAAACACUAAUAUUGCUUGGUAAUAAAGGUAAUUGCUUUUAAUUUCAACCAAGCAAAGAUUAUGUAGCUGUGAUGGGAGGGAAGAAUGACCCUACAAAAUUCUACAGCAAAAUCUUGCCUUGAGGAACAGGCUGGAUAUGAUAUGAUCCCACGGGCAAUAGCAACACUAUUCACUUCAUUACUCAACAUAUUGAUGGAUAAAAACUAAGGGAGUAGAUCAUGAUCUUAACUCUGGAGAAAAUAAUGGACUUCAUCCCCAGUGUAGGAAAAGAAUGGUAAAUGAGAAAUUUGUGUCUAAAGGGUUUGAACUUUGACCUGAUGCAAAAUUAAUUUCUCCUUAAUAUUUAGAAACCAAAGACUCUUCUUGCUUCUAGGAAAUUGCUAUACACAAAUGUAAUAAAAUGAAAUAUAAACUUACAUUUUUGACUUCAAAAGAACAAUCUUUGUAAAGUAUUUACUCAAAAUAAAUGAACAAUGUCUUUGGAAAUGCUUCAAAA